AUGCAUAUCAAAAACGCACAAUCCGCCCUCCUCUCCAACCACGAACUCCUCCUGCACCUCCGCCAGGAAGAAGCAGAGUACACGGGCGAAGACGGCACGGAGCGCAAGAGAUGGAAGCCCAAAGGCCUCGAGCACAUGCUACGAGACGGCCUGACCUAUCUGCAAACCGCAGACUACACAACCCCGUUGAUCCCAGCCACGCACCCAACCCGCCCCAUGACGCUGUACAAAGGCUCACACUCCCUCUUCCGCGCGUUGGCCCCGCACUACCGCCUGAACAAAGCCGAAUUCAUCCAGAUCUACAACCUCCGCCCCACGACCCAAGUCAUGCUCGAGUUGAUCAUCGAGGAGGCAGGCACCCGCUUCUCCGAAGCCGAGCUGCACGAGAUCCUCGCGACCAUCGCGCGGGUGCUGGACGAGGAAGAAGCGGCCAUCCCGCGCGGAGUCGAGGACGAGGCGCUGCCCAAGCUGGCGAAUAAGUUGCUCGGGGCUAGCAAGAAGAAGAGGAAGGUUACGAGGAAGGUGUGA